AUGAACAACCUCAGCUCCCUCUGCAAUUCCACAAUGAAGCUUCCUUCAAGGGUCCUAACCCUCAGGAACGCAUCAGUUGUGGGGUUCAGACAUUCGUAUAAUACCCCUUGUGAUCAAAAGCUUACUUGCAAGAGCAAAGCUUCUUUCAGUUUCAAUCAAAACUCUCAAUUCCACGCGUACCCUUCUCCAUUCUUAGCCUUUCAAGGCGUUAUCUACAAUACACAGAAGUUGAAUUGCUUACCAAGUUCAAGUUUUGGCCUACACAAUACGGUUUCAAGGCCUUAUGGUGUCCCUGUAGAAGCUAGUGCGGUUGAAACCGACAAGAAUCCCGAGAGACUUUGUGUGGAAAACUGCAACGACGAGAACAUUGUUGGAGGAGAAGUUCCUGGCGCUGAAUAUGGAAACAGUAGAGCAUCACAUGAGAGCGAAAUUGACAAGGAGGCAUGGAGUUUGUUGAGAGAUACAGUAGUGACGUAUUGUGGAUUCCCCAUUGGUACCGUGGCUUCAAAUGAUCCAGGUGAUAAGCAUCCUUUGAACUAUGACCAAGUUUUCAUUCGCGAUUUCGUGCCUUCGGCUUUGGCUUUCUUGCUUAGAGGUGAAGGAGAGAUUGUCAAGAAUUUUCUCCUCCAUACUUUGCAGUUGCAGAGUACGGAGAAAACUGUCGACUGCUAUAGUCCCGGACAGGGCUUGAUGCCGGUAAGUUUCAAGGUUAGAACUGUACCUCUUGGUGACAAUAAGUUUGAGGAAGUGAUAGAUCCAGAUUUUGGUGGAUCAGCUAUUGGCCGUGUUGCACCAGUGGACUCCGGACUGUGGUGGAUUAUAUUGUUGAGGGCAUAUGGGAAGAUCAGUGGCGACUAUACAUUGCAAGAGAGAGAGGAUUUUCAAGCAGGGAUUAAAAUGAUCCUCAACUUGUGUUUAGCUGAUGGAUUUGAUAUGUUUCCAUCUCUGUUAGUCACUGAUGGAUCCUGCAUGAUUGACAGAAAGAUGGGUGUUCACGGUCAUCCCCUUGAGAUCCAAGCUUUGACUUAUGCUGCUCUGCGAUGCUCUCGUGAGAUGCUGACAGUAAUUGGAUGUUCCAAGAAUUUGAUGACAGCCAUCAACAAUAGACUCAGUGCACUAUCAUUUCACAUUAGAGAAUACUAUUGGGUGGACCUGAGAAAAAUCAAUGAGAUAUACCGAUAUAAAACAGAAGAGUACUCCAUGGAUGCUACCAACAAGUUCAAUAUUUAUCCUGAACAAAUUCCUUCAUGGCUUAUAGAUUGGAUACCUGAAGAUGGUGGGUAUCUAAUUGGCAAUCUACAGCCAGCUCACAUGGAUUUUAGGUUCUUCACGCUUGGUAACCUCUGGUCCCUUAUUUCAUCACUGGCCACUCCAAAACAGAACGAAGCUAUUCUCAAAUUAAUCGAAGCUAAAUGGGAUGAUAUCGUAGGACAUAUGCCUCUCAAGAUAUGCUAUCCUGCAUUAGAGAACGAGGAGUGGCGCAUAGUUACUGGCAGUGACCCAAAGAACACACCAUGGUCCUUUCACAACGGUGGAUCAUGGCCAGCACUUCUUUGGCAGUUUACAUUGGCAUGCAUCAAGAUGGGCAGAAUAGAACUAGCACAGAAAGCAGUUGGUUUGGCAGAGAAGAAGCUUUCAGUUGACCGUUGGCCUGAAUAUUAUGACACCCCAAGUGGGAAGUUUGUUGGAAAACAAUCUCGACUUUAUCAAACAUGGGCUAUUGCUGGUUUUUUGACCUCUAGAAUGAUGUUGGAGAAACCAGACAUGGCUUCCUUGUUAUUCUGGGAGGAGGACAACGAGCUUCUUGAGAAUUGUGUUUGUGCUCUUACUAAAGGUGGCCGCAAAAUAUGUAGUCGUGAUGUUGCUAAAUCUCAGAUACUUGUGUAAUAUAAUAUUUUUAACUGAACACCAUUGGUUUCUGUACAGCCACGAGUUUAGAGUAGAGUAAUUUAAGAGACCUAUAAGCAACAUUCAUCUUGGAAGUUCGUCAUACAAAUAUGUAAUUUUUCCAAUCAGUAUUCCAAGUUGAUUGGUAUUGAAAGUGGGAAUAGGAUCAAACGAGAACAAUAUAAUAUAAUAUAUAUUUAUAUUAUAUUCUCUUUGACCCCAAUGCCUUUUUUUUAUAUAUAUAUUCUCUUUGACCGAUAAAGAAUAAAUGAAAAAUGAAAAAGUAAAGAAAGAAUAA